CGGCUUCGGCUCUCCCGCACUUUCUCCGGAGGGGAAGGCAGGGUCCCGCAGGGCGCGCGCUGACUAGGGCUGACGCCCAGCAGGUGCUUGCGGGCACGAUGGAAUGGUUGAAUGAAAUGGAAUGGCACGUUCUGAGCUAGACUGGACCUUACUGGACCCUGGCGAAAGACGGACCUUAAUCUGUCAAACAAGUUGCCUACCCUGCACGGCGGUACGCGCCCUGCCCUGCCGGCGCGCCAGCUGCUUCCCGCCUUCCUCCCAUCCCCUCCCCUCCCACUUGUCUGGCAGACGUUGUUUACAUUUAGGAAUUGAGGUUAUUUCCCCGGAGUUGCUAUAACAAAAUUCACGAAUUAUUUUAAUGUGUUGCGGAAUAUGUUGCCAGCUGCUACAACGUUCGGUAGUCUGUGUUUGAUUCCUCGAUUUUCAGUUCUUUGCUAGCGGCAAACGAUCACAUUUUUAUGUUUGUGAUAAGACACCGGGCUUACAGCAUUCCUGUUAUUUUAGUAGCUUCUUUCUCUGUGGAAGUUUAUCAUGGAAGAGCCUCCAUCUGUUCAGAGUAUUGCGCCUCAAAACAUUGUGGUAAUUCAUCCUGGAUCUUUAAAUGUUAGAAUUGGACGAGCAUCAGAUUUGGAUCCCGUUUCUGAACUUCAUGUUAUUGCUCGAAGACGGAAAAUUGGAGGCCAAACACACCGUGAUCAAAUCUUACCAUCCCUAGUGUCAAAAAAUCGAGAACUGACAGAAGUGCUUGAGGAUGUCCGCCUUCAAGUAUCUCAUACUGUGCAGUCAUGUCUACAGUCAGAUGGAAGACGAAGAUAUGCUACCCCGCCUCAACAAAUAGCCGCCUUUAACAGACGUUCAGAGCCAACAAAAGUUGAAGUCCCUACAACAAACAAUUUAAUUGGUGUAGCUAAGUGGAUCAAACCUGAAGGAGAUGUCGUUGUUGGUAAUGAUGUAUUGAAGCUAGACCCUUCUCUAGAUUUUAAUAUACAUUUCCCAUAUCGUAGAGGGGAUUUUAAUGUGCAUAGUGGCCCCGGUGGAUCUGUAUCUGCAGUAAUAGCAGAUCUUGAAGUCAUUUGGGGAUAUCUUCUUACUGUCAAGUUGGGUCUUCCCAAAUCUCAGCGCAAGCAAUGCCGAGCUGUGCUCGUUAUCCCAGAUGUAUAUAAUCGCCAAUACUUAAAAGAGUUAAUGACACUUUUGUUAAGUGACCUGGGAUUUGGAGGCUGUUUCCUUCUUCAGGACCAUGUGGCUGCCACUUUUGGAGCUGGCCUUGGAGUUGCAUGUGUAGUUGAUGUUGGAGACCAAAAGACUUCCGUUUCAUGUGUUGAAGAUGGCAUAUCACAUCGAAACACAAGAAUAAGAAUGGAGUAUGGAGGAGGUGAUAUCACUCAUAUUUUCCACUGGUUACUUUUGAAAUGUGCUUUUCCCUACAAAACAUGUGAUUCGAGAAAUUAUUUAGAUGCCAUGCUUUUGCAUCAGCUGAAGCAAGAUUUUUGCCAUGUUAAUUUGGAUGUCUGUGGAUCACAUGAAAAAUCUUUUGCCAUUCAGAAAGUGAAUGAUGCUAUACAUCAAUACACUCUCAUGCUUGGUGAUGAAUGUGUUGUUGCUCCUUUGAGCCUUUUCUUUCCAGAGUUAUUUUCUAUGACUGGCAUUAAAACAUCUUUAACUCAGAAGAGGUCAGCAGGAGAUUCAGAAGAUCCGUUUGAUGAUCAUUUUAUUAGGGAGACAGGUAGGAAAGGUGCAAAGGAGAAUUUAGAAACUGCAGGAGGUACAGAUAUUUCUGCUGUGGGGGACCUACCUGGUGGUGAUGAUGAUAUAGUUGUUGAUACACUUGAAGGGGGUGCUGGCCAGACCAGUGCAGGAGAAUUUGAAAUAAGUCCUGGGAAAAUUCUUGGACUUGAUCAAGCUGUUCUGCAAAGCAUUGAAAGAUGUUCAUCAGAAGAUAUGAAGAGGAAAAUGUACAACUGUAUACUGGUAGUAGGUGGUGGGAUGAAAUUUGCUGGCAUUGCUGCUUAUCUUCAAAAUCGCUUGCACCUUCAAGUACCAUUUGCUUAUAGAUCAGAUCAAACAGAUAUAGUGCUGACACCCAAAGACACAGAUCCUCAAUUGACAGCUUGGAAAGGUGCAUCAAUUCUGUCUUGUCUUGAAUCAUCUCAUGAGUUGUGGAUAGCCCCAGAUGAGUGGAAGCGCAUUGGGGUGAAAAUUUUGCGAGAACGUGCUCCUUUUAUGUGGUAAAUUCAUUUACCGUGUUCUCAUUUACGUUGUGUAUAUUAUGUAUAGGGAAGAAGAUGAGUACAAUAAUUGACAAGUAAA